AUGGCGUUGGAGGUGGACAAGCUCAAGUUGUUUAUCCAGAAGUGCUUACCGCCUGCAGAUGGAAAGAAGCGCACAGUGAAUGUGGUUCGAUUACAAUAUAUGGAGAGCACCAGUCGAGGAGAGAAGACACCAUUAUCGGAAACUCCCGUCUAUCGAUUCAAAGUAAAGACGCCUAAACAAUUGUACAUAUAUACCAUAGAGAAUGAAGAGAAUGCGCAACGUCUCAUCAAGAAUCUAUCCAAGCAUUGCAAUGUUGUCGUAUCCCCCAAAGUUACGAAGAAGAACAAGAAAUCACUCAUAAUCUAG